AUGGAAGCUACCAAGACAGAUUUGCGUCUUUUACUGGAAUGUCUGAAAUACCAGAUGAAAUGGCCUGGCUCACAGAAACAAGCUCUUCUCACUAUCAUCUCAAUCUGCAAGCAAAAUGAUCAGUAUGUCGAGUUCUUCAGAGAGAUUGGAGGCAUUUCCUUCAUCUAUAACCUGUCAAAGUCCAGCACUUUCUCUCAAGUUAAAGAGACUGCGCUAUUCACACUUGCAUCCUUGGCUGAACUGCAUGAGAGCUGUAAACAGGCGCUGUGUAGAGAAGAGACGUUUCGAGACUUUGUGCAGCAUCUGGAACAGGAAAUGCCUCUGACGGAGAAAAGAGUCGCAGUGUACAUGCUGUCUGUAUUGGUUGCCAACAACAGAUGUGGACAGACUCUUGCUAAGACCUCCAGGUGUAUCGAAGCCUUACUCAGAUUGUUCAGAAAUAGUUUUCCAGUUCCCGGUGAGUCUUAUGAGCUGCUGCAGUUGUGGACCACUGUGUCUAGUGCACUCUGUGGCUCUGUCAACAACCCUCAGAAUGAGGAGAAUCAGAACACAUGUAUGAGCAUUUUUUCUGAGAUAAAGCCCUGGCUGCAAGAAGUGGGAUUGCCCAGAGCAGAGCUAGCACAACCCAUAUGCUCAUUUAUUGGCAUGACUGUGGCAAACAAUCCCUGUGCUCAGGAGUAUUUUGUGUCAGUGGGCGGUCUGGAUUCACUCUCAGACACCCUCACCAGAGUUUUAUCUCAGUCUACACACAGUGCUUCUGUUUGUAAGAUGGCUACCAUAAUCACUAAAACCCUUUCUGCUUGCAUCUCCAACAAUGAGCAGUUGGGAUCUUCUUUAUCAAAGCUGAGGGUUAUUCCAGGACUGCUGCGUCUGUUGUCCAGCCCAAACCUUGAUCCACAAGAUCAGCUCGCUGUGGUGUUAACUACUGGACACCUCACAGAUGCCUGUGUAGAACAGCAGUCGCAGUUGUUGUCAGCAGGAGGUUUGCCUAUUAUGAUUACACUGCUCACUGAAACCAGUGAUGAGGAGCUCAAAAAAGCAGCCAUAUUCGUACUUCACACCUGCAACAGAAUCACUGAAUCAUUAGGCCCAGGUAUGUCCACUGUAGAUCUAAAUGAGUGUGACAGAGAGGGACAAUGGCGUUCAGCUGGACAGAUUCUUCAGAGAAUACAGCUGCUUGAAAAAAAGAUUGGUAAGAAACUAUGGGAAAGAGACCCUGAAAGCCAACCACACAGCAUGAAGAGGUCAGACUCACAUGAAUGCAAUGAUGAAUUGUGGGAGGGUUCUGUAACGCGAAAGGUCAAAGGUAAUCAUCGAGUAAAUGGGGAGUUCCGUGCAAUUCCUGCAGGAACUCCAAUCACAAGUGAAAUACUGCAAGACCAAGAUAGUUUGCAGCCUGACGGCUCUGAAGAGGGUUUGAGUCCUGUCCAAGUCAACCUUUUUAAGGGCCCUAACUGGGAAAAGAGCGAAAAGAGAGAGCAUGAACAAAAGAGAGAGAAUGAGAGGAAUAUUGAGAGGAGGGACAACCAGGAAACAUGGAGAGAAGGAGUGAACAAGAGAGAAUUGAAGAGGAAUGUGAAGUCUGAAAGAGUGGUGAAGAGAUUAAAGAUGAUGAAUCUAGAGUCUGAUGAUGAUGGCUAUGAACUUCUACGAAACUGCAGCACGCCAACAGGGGGCAACAGAGAUACACAGGGCCCAGAUAUUUUCAGACAUCCUGAUCCUGUGAAGAGAAACCAGCGCGCACCCUUUCUCUCAGAUGAUAAGAUGUCUCUGUGCACAGAGCUGUUAGACAAGGAAAUCAACAAGUAUCUAAAGCCACCAUCUACUUUGAAGUCCAACACUCUACGCUGUGCAGGUUGUGUGAAACAAAUGAAUGAGCUGAACAGUCGGUCAUUUGGUGCUGUGUUGAGUAGCUGCAGAUUUCAGUGUGACUUUCACUUGGCGCUGAGAGAGGCAGAGGAUCGAUUCAGGAGAAGCCAGCCAUUAAAGAGGACUAGCCACACUCUGACACACACUCGCAUCAACACGCACCACAAAAACAGAGAGCACAGCACAAGCGCUCAAGAGCAUAAAGAGAGGAGCAAAAGGGAAAAACACAAGCUGAGUCACCAAUCAUCAGACAGAUGUUAUAGGCUCACACCCCUGAGAAGACCACGUGAAACAUACAGCCCUGACGUGAAACAGUGGACAGAUCACAGACAACUCAAGAAAAGCUCAGAAGAAAGUCUCUUCAAAAAUUCUUCAGGCAGACACAGAAAGAGGCAGAACUGGUCUGAUGAAGAGCUGUACAACCUCAGUAAGGGUGUGAAGAGGUUUGGUCACUCCUGGAACACCAUCCUCUGGAAGUAUCCCUUCCACCCCGGGCGCACCAAUGUAGACCUGGCCAAGAAGUUCUACCACAUGCAGAAAGCCAAAGCGCAGGGUGUGGAUCUGUCUGUUGCAAAGGCCUUAUAAACAUCACCGACUCAAAAAAGGACGUUAUGUUAUUGGAUAUUUUUGUUUUGAGACUGUAUAGUUUUGUGUAUAACAAAGUUAUGUGUUAGAAAAAAAACUGAGUAAUGUUAAAAAAAAAGAGAUUAUAUAUUUAGUUUCUUCUUAAGUUUGGUAUUUUUCUGUUGUUUAUUGGAAAUGUAAUGCAGAACUGGUCACGCAUAUCUAUUUGUUUUCAGUCAAAUCCACUUGAUUUGCAUGGGAGUCCAUACUGUAUGUAUAUUUGUAUAAAGCUGAACAGUGAUGCGUUCCCAUUGCUCCUGUCAUCUAAAUUCAUUCCUCUUAUGGCUGAAGUACACAAAGCUCUGUUAUACAAAGAUAAUGAGGCAUGGCAUUUCCUUUAGAUUCCAGCAAACGGAAGCAGCUUAAUAUUUCAUCAAACUUCGCUACACAUUCAGUACAGAAAACACAGUGAAAAGAUGUUUGUUUACAUAAACCCAAAGUUUCUUAGGAUAAGAGCCUGAAAGUUAACCUCAAAAAAAUACUAAUGUCCCAUGAGACCUCUUUUCUCUGGAAAGAAUGUUGCCCCCCUCUCCCCAGAAACCUCUCUGAGAAAACUCUUGAGAUGGGGCAUGUUAUCUUCCCAGAAACUUCCCAGGAAGCUCCUGCGUAUUGGGUUAGUUCAUACACUUUUAUGUUGUGUUUCGUUUGCACUCCAAAUGAUUUCAAACACCACUGCAGUAAUAUGUCAAAUUAUUUCCAAUAUCCUUGAUGUUUUGUUCAGAUGUUAUGAAGAGAUUCUGUAGGAAUGCAUACCAUUUUUUUUGGAGAGGGUUAAAUAAAAUACAGAUCA